AUAGUAACUUAGUAGCAUACAGCAUACAGCUUCAAGGUCGACCUACCAUGCUGAGACAGGCACGCUGGCGAUCGAUGCGCACCACAUGAAGGCGCCACUGGUCAUAGGAGGACAACCAGAGUAUCACAUGAACCAAAUAGAAGCUUAUGCCGUGACGAGUGGCCCCGAAUCAUUUGCGAAAGGUGCUGGUGCAUUCGGGAACACUAAAAUCAUGGCUCAAGAAUACCGCGAUCAGUUUAUAGAGGAGGUCAACGCUAAGGCUCGAGCUCGUGGUUUGCCUCUCGUGGCUCUCCCAGAAGCAGUUAGCAACGAAUAGGCGGAGCAGGACAAUGACUCAAUUUACGAUGAAUUCGUGGAUUUCGAGGAAACGGCUGAACGUGGAAUUGAGCUG